AUGGCGUUCCGUGUGACAACCUACCCACCACCGCCAGCGAUCCGCUCAUCUCUCAUAAAGAAUCCUACCGAUGCGCUGCCCCCAAUUGAGGACCUAGAGACCCUUCAGGCUGACCUGAAGCUUUUGAAACUAAAAGCGCUCGAGCGGAUGAAGAAAGCGGGAGAUGAUCUCAUAGCAAUGCAAGAGUCGUUCAAGCGAAUCAAGGAGAGGGAAAAAGGGAAGGGAAAGGCGAUAGAGAAAAUCAAGAAGGAGCGUGGAUCCACUCCGCUCUUGAAUGGAGAAGACAAGAGACUCACGGCGCAACCGCAAAGCUUACUGAAGUCUCGGCUAUCUUCCGUUGCCACGAGCGUAGCGCAUUCUCGUGUCUCUUCACCGCCGCAUGAACCACGAAAGGCUCUCACAGACGAUGCCAAGAAGAAGAAGAAGAAGCGGAAGAGAGAUGAUGACAGUGAAGCUGAGUCUGAGCCUGUUAAGCACCGGAAGACCACACCAAUUCCACAAAACACACAUCCACAUCCACCGCCUCCUAAGCCUGUCAAAAACCCAAGUACUGCUUCCCACUCUCAUUCUCAUGGCAAAGCGCAAACAGGACCAGAUUUCUCUCUUCACGCGCAGAUACCCCUUCUUCCGACUCGACCACCGAUACCCUCACCUCCGAUACCGGGUCCAAGUAAACCAACCGAUGUUACGGACGACUUCAGCAGGGCGAGACCGCCGAAUAAUCAGGUGACUGCCACGACGUACUACACCAGUAUUGAGCCCUAUCUUCGGCCAAUAAAGGAGGAAGAUAUCGGCUUCCUGGAAUACACACACGACGAGGUCGAGCCGUUUAUCAUGCCCAAGCUGGGGCGACAUUAUUCAGAGGUGUGGGAAGAGGAGGACAUGGCCCAGUAUGGGUUUCCCCUACCUGGCACGGCUGCUGUCCGCUCGGGCAUCACACUACCCGGCUCGAACUCAAUGGCGCCUCUGCCCAAAUGGGAGCCAUCACAACUGCAGGAGACCGACCUCGUCACAGAAGAGCGGGGACACGGGCCGCUCACAGAACGACUGGUCAGUGCCAUGAUACCACUACAGAACGCUACCGAGUGGAAGGGUGUGAAAGCUGCUGAGGAGGCGAUGGAGGGUCGACCAGGGACGAAUGGUGCCGCUGCACAGGCCGCUCGAGAUAAGAUGAAUGUCUAUGACCUCGAGGAGCGCGUAAAGAACGUAAUGCGCUUCCACAAGCUCCUUAACGAUCUUCCUGACUUCUCAGAGGCUGUUGACGAUCCAAUAGCCACAGCUCUGCGGCACGCCCAGAAGGAGCUUCGCCAGGUCGUUGCCACGAACAAAGCCCGACGAGCGCGCCUCACAGCGAUAGCGCGCGACCGUUUAGCAUACCAGGAGUACGUAGAGCUGCGGGAAACUCUCGACAAGAACAUCAGCCACCAGUAUAACAAGCUGCAGAAGAAGGAGAACCCGAGGUCGCACAAGAAAAAGAAGAAGCCAGAGCCAAAUGGGACGAUCACGCCGAACGGAACGGUGCUCCCCGCGCCAUCGCCCGCCGCGCUCGGGUUGCUGCAGGACGAGGAUCUGAACCUAAACGUGCCCGAGCAUCUCAAGCACCUCGUGCAAACGCGCCGGCAGUGGGUCGACAAGAUCGGUGCCGUCUUCGAGGAGAAGGAGCGCAAAAACCCGGGCCGAAUAUGGGGUCUGUCCCAUAGCAGCAUAUAUGAGGGCGUCGAAGAGGAGGUACAGCAGGAGCUCGAGCGACUUGGUCCGCCGCCGAGACCUGGCCAGCGACCGCAGGUGAAUGGUGCGGGUCCACGGAUUAAUGGUGUAGAGAAGGGGAAGGCGCGGGCGAAGGUUGAGGAGGUAGCGAUGGAACUCGGCUGA